GAAACUGAUCACCUUUCAUAUACAUAUAAGAUUUUUAUUCUAAGCAGCAUACAAACAAAAGCCAUGGGGAAUUGCUUAGUUCUGGACCUGAAGAUAAUCAAGGUUAUGAAAACCGAUGGAAAAAUCCUCGAAUAUCAAGCUCCCAUUAAAGUUCAACAAGUGCUAUCAGACUUCUCGGGUCAUGCACUGUCUGAUUCAUUUUCAGGCUUGCAGCAUCUUCGGCCAGAUGCAAAGCUGCUUCGCGGGCAGUUGUAUUACCUUGUACCUGUUCCAUCCCCACACCAAAAAGCUGAGAAAAAGAAGGUGAGGUUUUCGACUCCAGAGGUGAACGAUGAACAAGGAAGUGCAGGUGUUGUAAGGAUUAAGUUGAUAAUCAGUAAGCAAGAAUUGCAAGAGCUGCUUCAAAAAGAAAGAGUUUCCGUUCAUGAUAUGAUCUCUCAGAUACAAAGUAAAGAAAGCACAAAGGGCGUUGACAAAUCUGAUGGUGGUGACAACUGCAAAGGGUGGAAGCCUGUAUUAGAAAGCAUAGAUGAAGUAAACUAGCAAAGCAUAUCAUCUACUAAACUAAUCACUCUUCUUAGCUAGAUUACCUUACAGAAACUGUAUAUUUAUAUCCUAAAGUAUAUUGCAACAAUACGCUUGUCACCACAACAAUAUAUGAUGUCUCCUUCAUGAAAAUCGGCAGAUUAAAAGAUACGUGCUCUUGAAUCCA